AUGGCUCUCAAGAUGGAUUUCAAUGCGCUCAAAGCCCAGACUAUGGGGUCUGGUGCCGAUGAGGAGGCAGUCACCGUCGAUACUAGAGGUUUGAUCUCCAAGGUUCUAGCUCGAUAUUCCGGGAAGUGGACCGUCCUGCGAGAAAUGAUACAAAAUGCUGCCGAUGCUUCUGCAACCAAAGUAACCAUAAAGUUCGAAACGCUGCCAUCCACCACCAUACCUUCUCCGUCAUCAACGGAUCCAACAGAACACCUCAAGCAUACUAUCACAAACCAUACCCUCCAGCGGCUAUUGGUAUCAAAUAACGGCCUGCCCUUCAGUGAAAAGGACUGGGCCCGCCUGAAGCGUAUCGCAGAUGGAAACCCUGACGAGACCAAGAUUGGUGCGUUUGGAGUUGGAUUUUACAGCGUUUUCGAUGACUGUGAGGAGCCUUUUGUAUCUUCCGGUAACCAGGCCAUGGCAUUCUACUGGAAAGGUAAUGCGUUGUUCACCCGUCGGCUGGACCUUGGCGACACUUCUAAUAAAGAGACGACUUUCGUACUGGAUUAUCGGAAUGACUCUUCUCCGGUUCCUUCAUUAUUGCCACUUUGCCAGUUCUUGGCAAGCAGCUUGACAUUCGUUUCUUUGCAAGAAAUAGAAUUGAUUCUAGAUGACUGGAGCUUGUUACGACUCUCUAAGAAGACUGCCCCCGGUACCAAUGUGCCGAUUCCCCGGGAUAUCGAGACUCGAACCUCGGGUGGAUUGAUGAAAGUUGCUAGCAUCACCCAAGAAAUUGCUCAAGUCGACGCGGCAUGGAUGCGAAUAGUGGAAUGGAAUCCAAGCUUGAUCAGUCUUGAUACAAUUCGGGACACUACAAACUCCCUGAAGAGCUUCUUCUCCAGGUUCACAUCGCAAGGACCCGAGAAGUCCAGUCAACCACAGAAGCUUGAACGACGUGAUGAUGCGACUGAUAUGACUUACAUGCUGAAGGCAACUGUCUUCUUGCACAUCAACACCGCAUCAAUUGUACCAUCGAUCUCGUCAAGUCUUAGCAAGGAACUCGAGAGAGCCACUCGAAAGCCACCACCAAAAAAGGCCACUAUCGCCAUCUUGACUCCAUCGUAUGACGCCAAUGUUGCAACUGAAGCAUCGACUUCCCAAUCAGAAAUUCUCGCGUCUAUCUUGCCUACAAAGGCUGGCCGAGUUUUCAUCGGUUUUCCGACUGCACAAACAACGGGUCUCAAUGCUCAUGUCUCUGCGCCAUCAGUCAUUCCAACGGUGGAGCGAGAAAGUAUUGAUCUCAACACGCGCUACAUCAGCAAAUGGAAUAUUGAAAUGCUGCGGGCAGUCGGUGUGGUCUGCCGGAUUGCUUGGUCCGCGGAGAUGGCUACCAUCAAGUCCAAGAUUGCCGCCAAGAUAGGGCCGUCUCGUUCGUCCAAAAUCUGCAAAGAUGAUAUCGUGGACGUGUUGCCGGAAGCGAUCCAUACUGCAAAUCAGUUUGUGUUCCGUGAAUCAACACCUUCCUCGACCCUAGGUCAGACCAUCGAGGAUGCCUUUUGGAUGUGCAACAAGAAUGCAUCAAUCGAAGUACUCUCUACUUCUGGUGUCAUUCCAAGUCAUCAGACUCGUCUGGCUCCAAAGGAUCUCAGCUUCAUGGACUCCAUACCCGCGUUGCCUGAGGAAUUUGUCCUCAAAUCAAAAGAAUUCGUGAACAGACUGACAGAAUUUGGGCUUGUGACAGAAAUUACCGUUUCGGACAUCAGGCGUGAAUUGGAAGCUCAUACACUACGCACCAAUCAAGUAGUAGAGUUCUUGACGUGGCUUGGUCGCAAAGCUGUUACGGGGCAACUUGACAGACAGUCUAUUUACAGCUUGCUAAGAGUUGCAGUGGCAAAUGAUGAAGAUAAAGAAGGGAAUCCCACGCAAUUGAUCGUAUUUGCCGACAUUAAUGGAUUCCUGAAUCCCCAGCGGAUUCCAGCCGAUCUUCCCGUUCCGCCCUCGGUGAUGCCCUUCCGGUUCACCAAGACCCUCAGCAAGCAGGAGCUUGAAUCGCUAGGGUGGACUGAGCUACAACUCGUGCCCUGGCUUCGUUAUUUAGUGAACAAUGCUGGGGCCCGCAACCUGCUUUCAGCAGAACAAGAUAUCACUCAGAGUGCUUCCUUUGCGGGCCAAGUUCUACCCAUUUUGUCUCGGCAGUGGGAGACCAUGAGCCAGUCCUCGAAGCAGACUGUUAUCGAGAUGCUCCAGCCUCAAACCGUGAUCCCGACAAAGCUCGGGAUGAAACAACCAGCGCAAACUUAUUUCGCAUCUGUCCGUCUCUUCGAUGACCUGCCUGUGGUUCAUGGUUUGAACGGAGUCAAGGAGAAGAUUCUUGUUGCGCUGGGAGUUCGCAAGACCGUGGAGUUGGGUGUCAUCUUUGACCGCCUCAUCAACUCGACAGAGUCUAGCGAUGCCAAGACUCCUCCAACGAGAAAAUGGAGUCAUGUGGAUUUGAUUCGAUACCUGACGUCUGUCCGUGAGGAUAUCCCCUCUAAUGACAUCCAGAGACUGAAAGAAACAAGUAUCUGCACUGCGGAAAACAACAGCGAUACCCAGAAUGGUAACAUUUUUCUUACAAUGAUGGGUCUUAAGAAAUACCCAUCUGGUUCUGAGCUGGUCCGGCUCAUGAUCACCUGUGAUGCUGUGAAGAAUAGCACUCGAAAGACCAAACUUCUGUCCUAUUAUCUGACCGAAUAUCAUACCAACGGCUACGACGCAUUCGAUAUCAAAGCUGUCACGGUCCCAUUCCUCCCAAUCGAGGGCUCAGAGACUCUCGCAGCGCCAAAAAAGUGUUUCACAGAUGAGGGUGCUACCUUAUUCGGGUUUCCCCUCUUGUCUAGGCAGCUUCAUCCGCAUGCGUCCAAGCUAGGAGUUCCAGCACAUCCUCCAAUGCAAGAGUGCCUUGAUGUACUAGUGAAACGCCCCCCGGGCUCUCAACGAGAUGCUAGGAUAAUCUUCAAAUACCUGUCGGCCCGAAUACCAGACAUCCGCCCUGCGGACAGUGCCAAGAUUGGGGCCUCUCCAAUCAUCCCCAUUGGUGUAAGUACCGAGAAAGGGUCUAAAGUUCGUUAUGUUGCGCCGCGGCUGUGCUACCUUGGCGACGGAGACGACUAUAAAGACAUUUUUGAUUUCGUUGAUUUCGGCGAAGAUGCGAACCUUUUUCUCCUCGCUGUGGGUUCUAGACGGGAACCAACAAAGACCGAGAUCGCGCGGAUAUUGGUCAAGGAGCCCGCACGCAUCUACGGAUCACUGCAAGGCACUGAGAAAUACUUGAUGCUCUUGCGAACACUCGCAGAGAGCCUUUCGACGCUCAAGAAAGACCGAGAUCUUGUCCACGAGAUGCGGAAAGCGAAGUUCCUCCUUGCGAGUCGCGAUAUUCCACCUGCUGCAGGCCGAACCGAGAAGGGGAAAUUACCAGGUUUGGAGACAAACGACUUGGAUGAGGAGUUAGAUAUCCGUGAAUGGGACCUCGCAGCUCCCAGGGACAUUGUUGUUGUGGAUGAUUUCCAGAGUUUUAAUCUUUUCAAAGAGCAUAUGUUGGCUGCACCCCAAGAAGAGACUUUAGAAAAUUUCUACAUAAGUCUCGGAGCCCAACCACUCAGCGGCCUUGUGGAAGAGCAUGCUCGCUUCGGUGGUCUCGCAGCUGACCAAACUUCUGGGAUCAAGCUCUUGAAGAUCAUUCUUGAGCGAGCUCGCCUGUUCCUUCACGACCAACCCGCGGACUCUGUUCAACACGAUGCACGAUGGUUAGAGCAAAACUUCAGUGUCAGGGUUGUCAAUUCAAUUUCGCUCACACGGUCUCUAAAAAAUAGACGCGUAUCGCAUACACAGCAGCGGACUGCCAUCACAGCCAAUCAAGGCCUGUGUAUAUGUCCUGGCAAAUAUGAUCUCUACGAGAUCAGCCAGUCGCUGGGUCAUUUGAUUCUAAAACGCCCCAAGCUUCAUUCAAUUUUGACUUUGGAGAUGCUGCUCAAAACCGACCUUCUCGAACUUCGAGCCCGUGGAUAUAACGUCGAACGUAUCCUUAGGCAAAAAGCUCAGGAGGCUCGGAUGAAGGAAGAUAGACGCCAGAAGCUGUUGGAAGAGGAACGAAUUAAACUUCAAGAGCAAGAAGCCGCCUGGAAUGCAGCUGCAGCAGAGCGAUCGAGGGACGAAACGCCGGAGCCGACUUCGCAGGCCCCCAUGCCCGGUGACUUCCCCCAUUCGCCUAAUAACAAAGCUCAAGCCGAAUCCAACAAUGCGCCUUCUGAGCCCAGCAUUCCCGGGAGAGCUCCUCGCGGUCUCUUUUCAGGGCUCAAAGAGCGACUGGGACUGGAGUCACGCUCUUCCCCGCCGACUCUUGGAGACCAAGCGAGCUCAUUACCUCCGGACUCUGAGCAAUCUCCAGCACCGCCGCCUUAUACCGACACAGACCCAAAGCAGUCAAAGCCAUCAAGGACAGAACAGGGAACUACUGUCAACUCUCCACAUCGACUGAACCAGGAGCUCCUUUCAGCUGUGCAAGCGUGUCGUCCGCAUGGCUCAUCUCAUCUUUUCAGCCCGGCCCAGACAACUCAGAUCGAGCAAAGCAAGUCAUACUGUGAUGAGCAGCCGAGCCAAGACUUGGAAUUUGUCGCGACGCUGCCUAGCGGCGUCAAUGUUCUGUUCUCUAGAAAAUUAACCGACCGAUCCUCCUUCUUGGCCACCAAUCGCGUCGGCUUCAACACCUUCGCAUCGAUUAUUCUUGACUGCGGCUCGAUUUUCUCGAUGCGUGCUGAUAGCCUGAGCAUCUUCUAUGACCCUGGGAGCAAGGCUAUGGCCUUCAAUUUGAAGGGCAGUAUCUUUUGCAACUACUUCUAUUUCCAACAGCUGCAGGAAAAAUCUCUCCUGCAAGGCCCCAACCCAGACCGCACCGAUGCCAUUGUGUACUGGUGGGUGAUUCUGUGCCACGAGCUUGCUCACAACCUUCAAGGGGACCACGGCUCCGCCCACAGCUUCUACACUGAAGGCUUCGUGUCGCAGUAUUUCCUCAAAGCAGCUGCUAAGCUUGCCACACUUCAGCCCAGCCCAGCGCAUGAUGUAUAA